GAGAGAGAGGAAGCAGAGAAAGUUGGUAGCGGAGCGAGAGGGCGAGAGGAGAGGAGAGGGGUCGACCAGAUGGGAGGAAGGAAGGAAAGGAUCACUCUGCUGGCUCAAGUGCGCGAUUAAAGGAUUCUGCAUAAAUAAACAAAUAUAUGAAUCAAAGCCUAUAAUAAAAAGGGGAAUUAUAGGCGCGCCACCGCGUUGCGUGGACGCGGACAAGACAGCGGCGGUGCGCACCGAAACAGCCAAGUCCUGAGUUUCUCUCUCUGGAUUUUACUCCUCAUGUUCCUCAAACUCUCGGUGAGGAUCACCAACUUUUAAAGUAAGUGUCUGAGAAAAAAAACUUUCCCUCGCCCUCGGCCUUUCAAUUAGCUCUCUCCCCGGAAAAAAAGAAAGAAGCUCCGCGGUGGAAGUGGAGGAAGGAAGAGCGUUUUGUUCCUUCCGAGGAGUCCAGCUCGCCGCAGCCGGGGUUUAGGCGUUGGCACCCGGGCAGGCAGACCCUCGCCAUGGCCGGGGCCAAGCCGGGAGUCCACGCGCUGCAGCUCAAACCCGUGUCCGUCCACGAAGCCCUGAAAAAGGGGGGCAAAUUCAUCAAAUGGGACGAGGAGCCUAACAGCGGGCCUCCCACCCUGGUUACCCUGAAAGUUGACCCAGAUGGAUUCUUCCUCUACUGGACUGGAGGGUCCAACCUGGAGGUGGACAUUCUGGACAUUAGCACCAUCAGGGACACCAGAACAGGAAAGUACGCCAAACAGCCAAAGGAUCCGAAGCUGCGGGAGGUGCUGGGCUUCGGUAAGGCUGACAACGUAGAAGGGAAACUAGUAACUGUCGUCCAUGGCAACGACCUGGUCAACAUCUCCUUCCUCAACUUCCAGGCCAUGCAGGAAGAUACAGCCAAGAUUUGGACAGAUGAGCUGUUCACUUUGGCCACAAACAUACUUUCCCAGAAUGCAUCGCGGAACACCUUCCUACUCAAAGCUUACACUAAGUUAAAGGUGCAGGUGAAUCAGGACGGGAAAAUUCCAGUGAAGAAUAUUCUGAAGAUGUUUUCAGAUAAAAAGAGAGUGGAGACGGCUCUGGAGCAGUGUGGCCUCGUCAACAACAGGUCAGAGGGAAUAAAGCCAGACGAUUUCACGUGGGAGGCCUUCCAGAAGUUUCUCGACAGCCUCUGUCUCCGGCCUGAGAUACAAAGCAUCUUUGAGGAAAGUGGCUCCAAGAGGAAGCCGUUCAUCUCUUUGGACCAACUUAUGGACUUCAUCAACCGCAGGCAGCGAGAUUCCAGACUGAACGAGGUGCUGUACCCCCCGCUGAAAAGAGAGCAGGUCCGACAGAUCAUGGAGAAAUAUGAGACCAACACCAGCCAGCUGGAGAGAGACCAGAUCAGUUUACAGGCCUUCAGUCGGUACCUGGGUGGAGAGGAAAACAGCAUCGUGCCUCCAGAGAGGCUGGAUAUCAUCGAUGAUAUGAACCAACCGCUGUCGCACUACUUCAUCAACUCCUCACACAACACAUACCUCACAGUGGGUCAGCUGACUGGUCUAUCUUCAGUGGAGAUGUACAGGCAGGUGCUUCUGACCGGCUGUCGCUGUGUGGAGCUGGACUGCUGGAAGGGCCGACCGCAAGACGAGGAGCCCUACAUCACCCACGGGUUCACCAUGACCACUGAGAUCCCCUUCAAGGAGGUGAUUGAAGCGAUAGCAGAGAGUGCUUUCAAGACCUCGCAGUACCCCGUCAUCCUUUCCUUUGAAAACCAUGUUGAUUCGGCCAAACAGCAGGCCAAGAUGGCAGAGUACUGCAGGACCAUCUUUGGAGACGCCCUGCUCAUUGAUCCACUGGACAAAUAUCCGCUGGUCCCAGGUCAGGCGCUCCCAUCACCUCAGGAGAUGCUGGGGAAGAUUCUCAUCAAAAACAAGAAGAAGCACAACCACCACCGACCCUCGAGUGGCGGCAGCAUACGGCGCAGAGAGAUGGAGGAACAGUCGUCACCCAACAAUGACUGUCCUUUGACAGACAAUGAAGGGAGCCAGCUCCUGUCCAACGGGGAGGAGAAGCUGGCUGAGACCAUGGUCAAAGACUCAGAGCCUCGCAAGUCCAUCGGAGGCGAGGGAGAAAGCGAGGAGGAUGAGGAGGAUGAACCCGUGACAGAGCUGAAAAAGCCAAACACUGAUGAGGGAACAGCCAGCAGUGAGGUGAACGCCACAGAGGAGAUGUCAACUCUCGUCAACUACAUCGAACCUGUCAAAUUCAAGAGCUUCGAGGUGGCAACCAAGAGGAAGAAGUUCUUUGAGAUGUCCUCGUUCGUGGAAACCAAAGGCAUGGACACGCUGAAGAGCUCCCCGAUCGAGUUUGUCGAGUACAAUAAGAACCAGCUGAGCCGAAUCUACCCUAAAGGCACGAGGGUGGACAGCUCCAACUACAUGCCUCAGCUCUUCUGGAACGUCGGUUGCCAGAUGGUGGCGCUUAACUUUCAGACUCUUGACCUUCCUAUGCAGUUAAACAUGGGGGUGUUUGAGUAUAACGGCCACAGCGGCUACCUGCUGAAACCAGAGUUCAUGAGAAGGACGGACAAACACUUCGAUCCUUUUACGGAGAACAUAGUGGACGGGAUAGUCGCCAAUACUGUCAAAAUCAGGGUGGUCUCAGGCCAGUUCCUGACAGACAAAAAGGUGGGCGUGUAUGUGGAAGUGGACAUAUUUGGACUUCCUGCUGAUACAAAGAGGAAAUACAGAACCAAAACAUCCAAUGGGAACUCACUGGACCCUGUGUGGGAUGACGAAAUGUUUGUCUUCAAUAAGAUCGUCCUCCCUACGCUGGCCUCUCUGAGGAUAGCUGUGUUUGAAGAAAACGGCAAGUUUAUCGGACACCGCAUCCUCCCAGUGUCGGCCAUCAGACCUGGCUACCACUACAUCAACCUGAAGAAUGAGCUAAACCAGCCCCUCCUCAUGCCCUCCCUGCUGGUCUACACCGAGGCUCAGGACUACAUCCCUAAUGAACACCAGGAGUACGCAGAAGCUCUGACCAACCCCAUUAAGCAUAUCAGUCAGUUGCACAAGAGAGAGACACAGCUGGCUGUUCUCAUAGAGGACAGCAGUGAGCAUGUCCCCAACCAGCCCAAGGAUGGAGAGACCAAGAAAGAGAGUGAAGUCAUUUCAGGAGUUCGAGUGAACUCCCCCUUCCACAACCUCCCCCCCUGCGCACCGGAUGAGUUCCCUAAUGUAAUAUGUCCAUCACAAAGUCAGAAGGAGGACCUCAUAGCCACUGUUCUGACAGAUGUCCCGGUCCAGUCUAUAGAGGAGCUAAAACAGCAGAAGAGCUAUGCGAAGCUGCUGAAGAAACAUAGCAAAGAGCUCAAAGAGCUGCGCAAGAAACACCUCAAGAAGGUGUGGAAUCUGAGUAAGGAGCAGAAGAAUCGCAAUAGCCAGCUUCAGUCUGACACCCAGAGGAGACGCAGUCAGAUGGAGAAACAUCUCAAACGUAGCAUCAAGAAAAACGAACCUCAGGAGCCGGUGCAGCGCGAGCUGACAGCGCUGGAUCAGGAGCUUGAGAAGCAGACGGUCCAGCUGAGGGAAUGGCAGAUGCAGGAGCUGCUGAAACUUCGUCAAGAGCUUCACUCACUGGAGAGAGAGAAGCAACAAACACACCUGAAAGAGGCCUUCCAUAAGUUAAAGGAGACGGCCCAGGAAUGUCAAGCAACUCAGGUGAAGAAGCUCAGGGAGACGUGUGAGAAGGAGAAGAAGGAGCUCCAGAAGAUCCUGGACAGGAAGCGACAAAACAGCAUCAGCGAAGCCAAGAACCGCGACAAAGAAAAGGCUGAAACGGAACUGAAUGAGAUCAACAGGAAACAUAUUCAAGAUUCUGUGGCCUUAAUCCGCGGGCUGGAGGAGGCUCAGAGCAGGAGACAGGAGAAGCUGAUGCUGAGGCAGCGGGAGGUGCUGCAACACAUAGACGAGGAGCUUCCCCUGCUACAGUCUCAGUUGGAGAGGGAUCUGGACGAAGAGUAUCUGCGGCUGCCGGAGGAAAUCUGCCAGCACCUGCAGCUGGAGCUCCAGAACAAAGGUCUGGGAAAAGACGCCCUGUUCUCGCCCUUUUCCAAUCACAGCAGCUCCAGCCCCAGCUCGGGCUCGGGCCCGCCCUCCAACUGCUCCACGCCCUCUUACCCAUCAACGCCCAAUCGGAGCACCUGGAACAGGAGCACGGACAAUAGCAUCACAUCAUUGGCCGAUUCCACUUCCUCGUCCACCACUCCCGUCCUGUCAGAGGCAGAGAUGUCGUUCAGUUAAAAUUAUUACUUGUAAAAAGGAAAAUACAUACAUUCAACUGGGGUCUAUAAUGAGUAAUAUGUGGGAUAGUAAUGAUAUAGAUUAUUAACUAAUUUUAUUCCUUUUUUUAUUACAGACUGUUUUGUUCUUGUCUACAGAGCUAUAUUAUUUUUUAUUUUGCAGUUUUUGUCAGAUGCCUGUAGUUUAAAAAUUUCAUAAGAAUCAUAACCAAACAUUUGUUUUUAUAUUUGUUUUUGUUUUUUUUUAAUACAUUUUUUGUCCUUUCAUGCCUUUUUCUUCGCAUCAUUUUCACUUUGGUCUGGUCAGUAAGCGUCGCUGCAGUUUUUGUUUUAAAUUUACUCUGUCUCUGGUAAAACUUUGUUUCUUUUUGAAAGCUUUAAACUGUGUAGAGACAGGAAAACUUAGUAACAUAGAUACUGUUGGGGCAAGUGAUUACUAUGAGGGUAAGAAGAGAUAAAUCUCACAAAUAAUUUUUUAAAAUAUUUUGUUUGCAGCAACAUUCGACCCAUGACAUUACUUCAUAAUGCCUUCUUCACUGCUAAACAAAAACACAGCCUGUGGAGAUGUCUGUGUGCUACACAUCUUCUCCACUUCUGCAAGUGAUCAAGCUUAGAGAAGUAUGUUCCAGAAACGAGUAUCAAGAGGGAACAUGAAGGAAAAGGACACUCAACUUUUAACCUGAUUUUGAAAUCUUAGGUUUUAUCUGUAAUGUCAGUAGCAGACCUGUAAGAGGUGCUGCAGCCUUAACUGUCUUUUUCAGUUGGUGGUUUGAGCUGUCCAUUCGUCUAGCCUGAUGAUCUUAUUAUGCUUUACCUCGACACACACACACACACACAUACACUUGUCUCUCCAGGAUUUGCCGCAUCAUUGGUCGGGAUAAAGUCUCCGACCUUUAACCUCCAAUCAAGGUUGUCCAGACAUGUGUUUAGCAGACAUGCAUCUCAUUUGAAAGUCUGUGUCUGUGUGUGUGUUUCGUGUGUGAGCUUGUGGGUUUCUGAGUAAAUGGGUAAAGGUUUAAGUGAUGUAACGCUCACUUUCUAAAUGCAUGUGUGAGCAGACGUCUCUCUCUGACAGACACACACACACACACACACACACACACACACACACACACACACACACACACGCAGUUUAUUGGUUCAGGCCAAAAGCCUCUAAAACCCUCAUCCCAUCCAAUCUACCCCCUGUCUGAAAAAUAGAACACACACACUUUCGGAAAGAACCUCAAUAAUUUCACAAAUAUCUCUCUCUCUCUUUCUGUGUGUGUGUGUGUUUGGCCAGAAAUUAAUCUCUUGAUGAGACAUCUGCUUUUGGGGACUGUAAUACUUACUAAAUGUAAUACAUACUCACUGUGUGUGUGUAUGUGUGUGUGCCCAUGUGUGUUGAUGCAGAUAUUUUGCUGCAGCCUGGAGACGAUUAAAUAGUAAGACCACUGUAAGAGACAGUCUUCAGAUGACGACUUACAGCUGCACUGACAUUUUAAUGUAAAAACACUCGUCUUUUUUUUUUUUUUUUACUUUAAAUCAGUUUAGUUUACUUUCCCCUUUUAAACAAUGAUUUACUCAAUUUGAGAAAUAAUUAUUGGUGUAGUAGUGGGAGAUAGUCCUGUCACAGCUCAGAAAGUGACCAUGAAGAGAUUUCUUUUUUUUUUUUUUUUUGUUAAGUCUGCAGAUGUCAGAGUUUUCUGAUGUGUGUGAUUUAACUUCAGUGAAGCCUGAAAAUUGAUCCUUCUUACUGCCAUCAUGAAAAACAAUUCAUCUCUCAGAAUAAACUAUAGACAUAAGAACAACUUAAAACUUUACAACUUUAAAAUAUCCUCAGUGUGUUAGAUUCUCUAUUCAGGCCAAAUAUUGAAUGUGGCAUUUUUGGUGCACAAACUAAACGGUACAUUCAUUUUUAAAAAUCUGUGGUUUUGUCUCCGUCAAAGCGUCUUUGCUCUUUGUUUUCAUCCUUUUUUUUUUUUUUUUUUGAA